AUGGGCGCGGCAACGUCGAAAGAUAUGGCGGCAGCCGUGCUAGUGCCGCUUCCAUUUAAUAUCAUAACGAUGGCACUUCGAUUCUGGAUCCGGACGCAGAGAAAGGCAUGGGGACCGGAUGACUGGGCCAUGACGGCGACGAUUCCUGUAUGGGUAGUGUCCCAAGUCGGAUUGAUCGGUAUGGCAUGGAGCGGCGUUGGGCAGCUUGAUGUGACUUUAACGGAGCAGCAAAGGGCUGACUCAUACUUCUGGUUCUAUGUUUUCCAAGAGUUCUGGUGCUUUACUUUAGUGGCUCUUAAAUGGUCACUCGGAUUUACACUCCUACGCAUUGCCAAUGGACAACGCUGGGUGCAGGUAGUUAUAUACACUUGCCUCGCCUUGGUCACAGUUUGCACUGGAGGUACGGGCAUGUAUUUGUUCUUUCAAUGCUCUCCAGUUGAGAAAAACUGGCAUCAAAGCAUCGAGGGCACCUGCCAACCCCGCGAAAUUCAGACUGCGCUUUCGUUCCUUGUUGCGGCUGUGUCGAUCUCGACCGACUGGAUUUUUGCUGUUCUUCCAUUUGCCCUGAUAUGGAAACUCCAGAUGGCCAACCGUGUCAAAGCCUCGGUUAUUGGUCUGCUUGGGUUAGGUUUCUUUGCAUCGAUUGCGCCCAUUGUUCGUCUUAAAUAUCUCCUUCUUAUGAAUGAUACCUCGAAAUUCCUUCAAGCCCUGGGAAUCAUUCUUGCCUGGGCACAAGCAGAAGUUGGCAUCGGAAUGUUAGUAGCCAAUCUCCCAGCUUGCCGUCCACUUCUCGAGCGAGCCCUCUCACGCCUCACAUCCUUCACCGGUUCGAAAAACAAAUCCUCAAAAGACCCUGCCACAUCGGCUGCUGUUAAAAACAGCUAUCUAGAACUCGGCGAAAGGGACACAGCAUCGAAGAAGACCGCCAAUGCAAGUCGCUCUGGUGUUGAAACAAGGGUAUACGGAAGAGAUAUGGAUGGCAAUAGCAGUGAGAGUUUGCCUGACGACCAUAGCCAAAAGCAAAUUGUGAGCAAGGGUGGUCUCGGUGCAAUUCGCGUUCAGCGGGAGUUUGGAAUGGAGGUUGAGAAGAACCGUGGUGGUAACAUAGUGUAA